AUGACUGGGAAAAAGACCCUACCUGGGUUGGGGGAGCGGGAGGCGAAAUGGUCAGAAUCUUUUGAAGGGGCAGUGGUUGAUGAUUUCUCAAUCCCAAAACAAUCAUACGGAAAUGAGGGCACUCCCAAUGGCAGGCCCGUUCGUAGCCCCAAGCCCACCCAAAGGCGUAGCCGAACAUUGGCUCUGUGGCUUGUGGCGGUUGUCUUGUUUGCUUCAAUGGCAGCAAAGAUCUGCAUGCCUAAACUUUCGAAAAUUUCCUUGGACAAGUCGGGCUCGGGCGGACGGGAAGGGCACGGAUUAAGUGAAGGCGGAGGCUUCAUCGCAGAUCUGGAGAAUGAGGUCACACUUGUGGGUGGAUUGCCGUCCAGAUCCGUAAUAAGACCAGCUCCUUUUAUGGCAGGGGAUAUGUUCUAUUUUGAAGGAAGCACUCAUCUCAGGCCACAAACUGUACCAUUUGUGUUGGAGCAGCCUGGGGCCUUUGCAACAGAAUACGGUAAAGUGCCGAAAGCUUGGGUAGGCCAUAUUCAACAGGAGACGCCUGUAAAUCACGUUGCAGUGUUUGUGGAGCCCUUAAUUGUCCCGGUACAGAUGGAAUGGCGAGAGGAUCGCCCGAGCACUCCAGCUUCAGAGGACAAAAUGGAAUUUGUGCCGGUGCAAAUCCGUUCGGCGGAUGCGUUUAACGUAGCACGCGAGAUAGCAAAGCGAUACACAAGCGCAGGCCUUGUGGAACAGAAAAAGGAAGCUGAUGUGGAUGCAGUGAAUAGACGCUUCAGUGGUUUGCACGAGAGAGUGGGGAGGACGCUGACGACGGUUGCCAUGGAGGCUAGCCGCGUUCCAAACACGAAGUUCGACCUGGAUUCCCGGGAGCUGCGGGCGAAGCUGGCUCUUCUCGAGGUUGGUAGUGACGUUGAGAGGAUCAAACGGCGACAAAAUGACGCUCUACAGGCGCUUGGACAGGCUCAGGCGAGAGCCGCGUCCGGUGACCAGGAUGGGCAAGCACAGCGUCAAGUGCAAGAUGCACUCCACACGUAUAAAGCACUACUGACAUAUGAGAAGGUCCUACUUGAGGGUUUACUGGAGCUUACAGAGCGAUGGGGAUCGGAGACAGAGAAUAUCAUGUCAAAUGUGGCGUCUGUGCUAACUUCUUCUGCAUUCAAGAGCAUUGAAGAGCUUGCGUCCCUUCAAGGUGCAACUUGUGCUAGUCUUAGAGUCGCCAAGAAACUGUUCGAUAUGAAGACUCCAAUCCAAAGAGAGGCGUGCAGUAAAAACCCGUGCCGUUUCGUGAGCGAUGCAGUGACGAACCGGUUGAAGGCGAUAGACCUUCUGGCCACCAGCAUUGACCAAAUGACUCCUGCGGAAUUUUUGAACCUCUUGCAAAAAGUCGACCGCGAUCACAAACAGAGUCGAAACGUAGUUCGAGACAACUUGUUGAAGAAAAAGAAGGAUACCUGGAUAGCCGACGUUAUUUAA